ACUAGGGAUGGCAGCUCAAAACUAUGAGCUCAAAACCAUUAACUACAACAAACUUCCAUCCUUCCAUGGCCUACCUAACGAAGACCCGCUCCACUUUAUACGAGAAUUCUACAACGUGCUCCAAACCUUUCCACUUCACGGGCUGAACGAGGAUCAGUUGAAGAUGAGGUGCUUUCCGGAUACUCUCAAGGACCGGUCUAAGGCUUGGUUUAUGACACUUGCUCCAAAUUCACUUACCACUUGGGAGAAAGUGUACUCAAAGUUCAUCGGGAGGUAUUAUUCCCACCAGAAAACUCAAGAGCUGAGGUCCCAAAUUGUCUCGUUUGCCCAACAACCGCACGAGCCACUUCACGAAGCGUGGGAACGCUUCAAGGACCUACAGAGGCAGUGCCCACAUCACAAUCUUCCUCCAGCCCUUUUGAUGAACGGCUUCAACGAUUCUUUCCACCAGAACCUUCAGUACAUGGUGGACAAUGCAGCUGGUGGAGACAUUGGGGCGAGAACAGCGGAGGAGAUGAUGGAUAUCUUUGAGGCGUUGAGUUCUAGCUCGUCUCAAAAGAGCAGUCGAGGAAAGAGAGCGGUGGUCAAUGAAGUAUCUUCGGGACGAGACAUGAUGGCCCAUAAGAUAGCCGAGCUGACGGAGCAAAUGCGGCUAAUGAAUGCUCAGACAAUGCAGCCAGUACAAACCAUGGCAGUGGACACAUGCAGGGCGUGUGGAGCUCAAGGACAUCGGUCAGAGGUGUGCCCAUCGGCAUUCGAUCAGGACCUUGGAGAGCAAUAUGCCGACGAUUUGGUCACCAAGAAGAGGAAGUUCGGCGAUGGGGAGAAAGUAGUGGUCUAUGAGGCGGCUAGUGCCAUGCAGCAUGAUCUUCCGAAGAAAGAACGAGACCCCAGAGGAUUCAUGAUAAAGAUUGCUCUCGGGAAUGGCAAAGAAGUCUCGGGGAUGCUUGACCUCGGAGCGGGAAUCAAUCUUAUGUUGUUUUCUAUCUUCCAGCGGCUCGGUCUAGGAGAUUUGAGACCAAUCCGUAUGUUCCUUCAACUUGUUGACCGUUCUAUUCGAUACCCCAAAAGAGUGGUGGAAGAUGUUCUUGUUCGUGUGGGAAAGCUUAUCGUCCCGGUGGACUUUGAGGUGCUCGAUGUGGGGGACGUACAUGAGAAUGGGAAGGACCACACAAUCCUUCUUGGCAGACCAUUCAUGGCCACCACCAACACACUCAUUGACGUGAAGAAUGGGACAUUGAACAUGACAGUCCUAGGAGAGUCCGUGUCCAUUUCCGUCCGAGAAGCUACCUCAGCAUCCUCGGUGAAUUUUGUGGAGGAGUGUUCGUUCGUUGAUGUGAGUGAUCCUUUUAUCGAGGAGAUGGCCAUACGAGACUUGGAAGAGAGGUCAUUGCCCGAUCUCGAAGAGGAAGAAGGACCGUUUAUUGAGCUGAUGGAGGUCGAGGAACCGAGACCGAAGGCCCCACCAACGCUAGAGUUGAAAGAGUUACCUCGUCACCUCAAGUACGUCUUCCUUGAUGAUGAGAAGCUAAAGCCG